AUGUUCAGAAACAACUACGACAACGAUUCGGUCACAUUCUCUCCGCAAGGAAGAAUAUUCCAGGUCGAAUAUGCCGGCGAGGCCGUGAAGCAGGGUUCAGUGGUGGUAGGGUUGACGAGCAAGACACAUGCGGUGCUAGUCGCCAUCAAGCGAAAUGCAGAAGAACUAUCGUCCUACCAGAAGAAGCUGUUCGCCAUAGACGAGCACGUGGGCCUCGCGAUCGCGGGCCUGACAUCGGACGCGCGCGUCCUCUCCAACUUCAUGAAGCAGCAGUGCCUGUCGCAACGGCUGACGUACGACCGGGCGAUGCCGCUCGAGAAGCUCGCGGCGCUCAUCGGCGACAAGGCGCAGCUCAACACACAACACUACGGCAAGCGGCCGUACGGCGUCGGGCUGCUGGUGACGGGCGUCGACGAGACCGGUCCGCACCUGUUCGAGUUCCAGCCGUCCGGGCUGACGCAGGAGAUGCUGGCGUGCGCCAUCGGCGCCCGCUCCCAGAUGGCCCGCACCUACCUCGAGAAGAACCUCGACAAGUUCGCCGACUGCGGCCGCGACGAGCUGGUCCGCCACGGUUUGAGGGCUCUCAAGGAGACCCUGGUCCAGGACCGCGAGCUGACCGUCGAGAACACGAGUAUUGGCGUUGCUGGCCUGAAGGAGCCCGGCAAGAAGGCCCUCGAGGUGUUCAAGGUCCACGACGGCGCGGAUGUUAAGGACUGGCUUAACAGCGUGGCGGACGAUGCCGAGGCGGGUGGUGAGACGACCGAGGGCGAGGGCAUGCAGGUGGACGAGUAA